AUGAUGUGUCCGGCGCGCGUACGUGCCUGGACAAAGACAUCAAUCAAUUUACUAUCCUUGUUCUUAAUCAUAGGCCUCGGCAUCGACUACGACGGGACGCACUCGGCGCAGACUGACAUGUCGGUGGCCUACAGCCUGGAGGAGUACGCGGCGGCCGUGGUCGCCGCCGUCGGCCGCGUCUGCGACCGCAAGGGCGUGCAACACCCUGUCAUCUGCAGCGAGAGCGGCCGCGCGCUGGUGUCGCACCACUCGGUCCUCAUCUUCGAGGCCUUCUCCGCGACGGCGCCGACUUCCAACAUGAUGGACCCGGCCACCGCCUACCUGCUCGACGAGCUCACCGAUGACUGCCGCAGCGACUACCGCAACCUCAUGGUCUCGGCCGUGCGCGGCGACUUCGACACCUGCGGCCUGUACGCGGACCAGCUGAAGCGGCACUGCGCCGAGCAGUUCAAGGAGGGGGUCCUCGGGCUAGAGCACCUCGCCGCCGUGGACGGGCUCUGCGAGAUCGUCGCCCGCGGCAUGGGCGCGGCGGAGGGGCCGCGCAGGUACCACAUCAACCUGUCCGUGUUCACCUCGCUGCCGGACAUGUAGGCCAUCGAGCAGCUCUUCCCCAUCAUCCCCAUCCAGCGCCUCCAGGAGCGGCCCGCCGUGGACGGCGUCCUCUCGGACCUGACCUGCGACAGCGACGGCAAGGUGGACCAGUUCAUCGGCGGCAGGAGUAGCCUCCCCCUGCACGAGCUCCCCACCCACGGCACCCGCGGCUACUACCUGGGCAUGUUCCUGGGCGGCGCCUACCAGGAGGCGCUCGGCGGCUUGCACAACCUGUUCGGCGGGCCGAGCGUGGUGCGCGUCUCCCAGAGCGACGGGCCGCACUGCGAGAGAGGUUUCGUGGUCUGGAGCAGAGAGGACAAAUCCAUCUCGUGCAGGCAAACCUGCGAGAUGUAGGCCGUGUCGUUGUCUGAACUUUCAACUCGCUACGAAUUGAUCACCGAAAGAAAUGUCCGCGAUCAUCCUAUACCGCGGGUUGAUUCAGGGAAACAACAGGGGGUUUUCUGCAAAAGUGCGCGCGCUGACCGGUCCACCCACCUGGCAGCCAAUUGGCGAGCUGUGAUUGGCCAGGUACUAAAUCAUCACAUGGAGUGCAAGUUGAGAUAUGGUUUGGUCAAGUUUUGCAAGUUUGGGACUAAAUCAUCACGUCGUGUGCAAGU